AUGACCCGAAAUUUUUCGGCCAAGGGCUGUCAACCUCAGCAACAACUACACAUUUUUACCAACGGAGCAACAUCUUCCGGCAUUGCUGCUCCGUAUCCUAUUGGUCCGUGCCGGAAUCGAAUUAAAUCCCGGACCAUGGGGGAAGACCAGAGAGGCGCGUCACUGGCGGAACAAAUUGAUGAAUCCACCUUCUGCACAAUAAAUGAUGAUGCCCCCACACGGAUUAUGGGUAACUGCGCCAGCUCUCCAGACAUCACAAUAGCGAGCUCUGGUCUGAUAAACUACGCAACGUGGAGAGCAGUAGUUUCUCUAGCCUCAGACCACUUACCCAUAAUCAUUUGUCUGGAUCGACCCAAUGACUUUAUCGUCUCUGAACGCCGUCUCUACAUAAACCAAAAGAAAGCAGACUGGCCCGGCUUCAAAGAAUUCACUGAUCGCAUCUUCAAUGAUCUUCCAGCUCCUAGCAACGUACACCAAGCAGAGAGCAAGUUCCGCGAAACCAUCAUCGCAGCAGUAGCCCGCUUUAUUCCUGCUGGUCGACUAUCCUUAGUGCGACCGCACUUCCCAGCAGAGGCAGCGAGACUGGCAGAUGAGCGCGAUGACCUCCGAAUUAUCAACCCCGACGACCCACGUAUUGUCCAGCUGAAUCAUGAUAUCAGCAGGUUGGUAAAUGAGGACAAGCGGAAUAAAUGGUUAGAUCAUUUGAAGAACUGCAACUUGAGCUCAGGUGUUAGUAAGUUGUGGUCUACGGUUCGGUCUCUCUCCAACCCGACGAAGAAGGAUGACAGGGUCGCGAUUAAGUUUGCAGAUACCACAAUUUCCGACCCUGAACGGUGCUCGCGUGCAUUUUGCCGACUUUUUAUUGAGCACCCAGAGAGAGAUAAGGCGAAACGAAGUGUUGUUCGCAAACUUCACAACCUUCCAGUCUCGAACAUUCCACAACCUUUCACCCCGUCUGAAGUGGCAGUGGCCAUCAACGCAGCCAAACCAUCUAAGGCGAUUGGCCCCGACGGCAUAUCCAUGCUGAUGCUGAAACACCUUGGCGAACGGGGAGUCGAGUACUUGACAAUGGUUUUUAACCUGUCAAUAAGCAGCCUGAUAAUACCCGAUGCCUGGAAAAAGGGUAGAGCCGAUUUCCCUCCUGUCACCAGUCGCGAAGACUCUUGA